GCGGCCGCUGGCGACACCCGGACAACGCGCCGGCGGCGGGGCAAGGAGGGCAGCCCGGAGGGCAGCGGCCCCGGCCCGCGUGUGCGGCCCUCUCUUGCACUCCAACACCGCGGCGGCUGUGCCCGGUCCCGCCACACGUGCAGCUAUGGUGGGCCGGCUGAGCCUGCAGGAUGUCCCUGAACUCGUGGACACGAAGAAAAAAGGCGACGGCGUCCUGGACAGCCCGGACUCGGGGCUGCCCCCAAGCCCUAGCCCCAGCCACUGGGGGCUCGCAGCGACGGCGGGCGGCGGUGGGGAGCGCGCUCCGGUCGCAGGGACGCUGGAGCCCGAUGCGGCGGUGACCCCUAUAGUCCCGAACCCAGCAUCUCUGACCCACUCGCUAGCUGCCAUCUGCUCACCGAGACUCUGUCCCCUGUCCUUCGGCGAAGGAGUUGAGUUUGACCCCUUGCCACCAAAGGAAAUAAAGUAUACCUCCUCAGUCAAGUAUGACUCUGAGCGGCACUUCAUCGAUGAUGUACAGAUGCCCCUGGGUCUGGUGGUGGCUUCCUGCAGCCAGACAGUCACCUGUAUCCCCAACUGCACUUGGCGAAACUAUAAGGCGGAAGUGCGCUUCGAGCCACGCCCCAAGCCCGCGCGUUUCCUCAGCACCACCAUCGUCUACCCCAAGUACCCCAAAACCGUCUACACCACCACUCUGGAUUACAACUGCCACAAGAAGCUGAGGAGGUUUCUGUCCAGUGUGGAGCUCGAGGCCACGGAGUUCCUGGGCAGCGAUGGGCUAGCCGAUGAAUGUUGACUCAGCUAGCUUGAGGUUGGACCAGCUGUUCAUACACUGCCCUGGUCCCCAGACCACCCUGGACAAGCUGGGUAGCAUUGCUCUUGCACAUCACCCCAGCCCCAGAGGGAUCUAACCUGGAGAUACCUCUAAGCCUAGCCGGGGGAAGAUGUAUUUAAAAAAAAAAAAAUCACUGCAUCUUAUAAUAAUAGAGAAACUCGGCUUCCUUAAAAAUUUUUCCAGAUAGUUAAAAAAAAAAAAAGUGUGUGUGUGUGUGUGUGUGUGUGUGUGUGUGUGUGUAUUCUGGUUGGUUGAUGCAGUUUCCCCAAAGUCUCAAGUUGAUGAGAAAAUAGAGGCAGAACAAAAGGACAAUGAUAGGACAGUGAUAUCUGGGCAGGUGGAGGUGAGCUUGUCCUCCAUUUUCUGAUGAACAAAGUAGGAAAGUCUCUGGAAUACAGAAGGUGCGUUAAGAAAUUUCAGCCAUGCAUAUGUUUAUUGCUGGGGGCGGGGAGGGGGAGAAGCCAGAGUUAACUUGGGUAGACUGUGAUGCCCAUAUGUGCUCAAUCUGUUCUGGGCCAGCUUUUUUUGUUUGUUUGUUUCUGCUUCUAUUUGUUUUUCCUGUUAACCCAAACUCUUAGAUUUAUCAAAAAUCUUUUUCAUGAUAUUAGGGGAGAAAAACAAAAACAAAAAAAAACACAAAAGGAGAUGCCUUUAAAACAAACUCUGUGCCUUCCGCUGUUGUCGGUUGGGUAAACAGCUAGCCUGGUCCGAGGCACCGCAGCCCUGUGGUUCCAGAGGGUUGGUUUCAGGCCCAGGCUCUGGUGCAGCCCGAGCAUGCUUGGCGUCUGGUUAACGUCUCCCCGGGCUUGUGUAACUCUGCUCAUAGGUAUUUGGGGUUUUGAAAUACUUUUCCUUUUUUUUUUUUCAUGCAAAAUGCAGCAGAGAGCUCUUUUUUAGAAGAACGGCAUUCUGAAAGAAUGCUUUGGAAAAACAUGCUUUGGGGGCUGCAAGGAAAGGGUCUCCACUGUGGGCCACCGUGCCUGAGCCCAGAUGCCGACAGGAGGAGGAGGCAGGUUUAAAUGUGACUCAGAUCCUUGCGAUUAAAUGAUGGACUUAUUCUUUGGACUCUGAUAGUGUCGAAACUGGGAGGAAUGGGGUUUAACCCAAAAAAGCAAGACUGUUGCUUACCACCCAGAUUAAGCUAAGAUGAAUUCAGGAGUAGGGAGUGACACGUAGACUCCACAACCUUGCCACUGUGGUGAUGGGAGACAUUUCUUUCAUACCACUGAAUAUUCGGGAGUGACUAUUGUGGAGUCAGGUAUGCACAAAGGUGUUUCCCAGCCUACUUCCAGAAUCCAGCUGAGCCAGCUACAGCAGCAGGGGCAGUGCUGGGCAGGAGGGUGCUGUGCACCAACCUGCCCCCUGCUCCCCUGCCCCUACCCCUGGCCUAGCCCUUGCUUCUUAGAAUCCCCUGCCAGGCCCCACUGCUGGAGUGAAGGAAGUGGCAGGCUGAGUUUUAUUCCAGGAUCAGAAAGAACAAGUCGUAUGUGUUUCCUUUGAAUACAUCCAAAUCAUGUCAAGUGGGUUACUGGAGGCUCUGCCUUCCCUUGUAUCUCUGGGUCUCUGUGAUAGCUUCCAUCUGCUCAGAAAGCAAAAUUGAGAGCACACGGGCUUCCCUGGAUCCACAGCAGAGACUGGUUAUCAUGGAAAGCAGGUGCAAAAAUAAUCACUUUCAUUUUAAAGACUGGCGCUGUCUAGAGCCACAUCACCUAGUCCGUGUCCCCUGCAGAUGACAGAGUCUGUUGUACUUUCAACUCAUCCAUCUGGACACAGAGGCUGCUGGCAUCAUGGUCCCAGUUGGCCAGGGUACAGCACAUUUGGGGGACACCCUGGGAUCCUCCAAGCUCCUCAGUAAAACUUGGCUUUAGGAAAACAUUUAUUGGCAAAAGUGGAUUUUUCUAUCUGACUUCAUCGUGUCACUGAAGCAUCAAAUAUAAGUUCUUUUCUGCAAAUACAAUUUCUAAAUUAGGAAAAUCACCAAAGCUUUGCUCUGCUCCUUUGGAGACACUUGCUUGGGCUCAGAACGAUGUCAUGGCCAGCAUGUCAGGAGAAUAUGUUGUCUGUAUGCAGCAGAGCUGUAAAGGUGUCCUUAAGAAAAACAAAUUUUUCUUUUCUUGUUUUUGUCUUAGAGGGAUCAUGUUAAGUUCAGGCAGAGCAUUCUAGGUGUGGAUGGAGGUGGAAGCACAUCAGUAAGUCGAAGCAAGUGACUGUGGAUGUCUGAUGUAGAUGGAAAGGCAGGUUUUGAUGCCGUUAGGUUAUUUACUAGAAUCUUCACCGAUUCUCCAAAUCUGCUACGAAAGCCACAGGCCUGGAAGCUGGGCGUGGCAUCCUGGAGCACCCUGAUGGUGGUGACGCCGCCCAGAGAAGAUUCCUGAUGGUUGGCGAAGUGGAGAAGGAGGUUUGUAAAACUCACCCACCUGACAUUCCUGAGUGUGCGGGUGAGAGACGGCUUUUCCUGCCGUCUGUCUCGUAAGUUCUGGCUGUUGGAGGUGAUGCAGGUGUCUAGAGGCAGGUGGUUUUCCUCUCAGAUGCCUAAAAAGGACUUGAUGUAAACAAGCAUCUUGUCAUUUGACACACGCCAAAAAAAAAAAGUUUUAAAAUUAUCUUUUGACUUCUGUCCCACUUCAUUUUUGCUUUGUGACUUCUCUGUUUAACAAUAAAUGAUCUCAAACAUAAA